AUGGCCGUCACCAACAAACGUUGGCGACUACUGUGGUCGGAGAAGACUUACACAUUAUCAGAGGUUAUUCAGGAUCUCGGCAUCCCUGUUUUGGUUAAAAUUGAUGAAGGUAUAUAUGAAUUAACCGACGAUAGAUUUACACACGGGGAUUUACUCCAAAUACAUCUCAAAAAGACAGUAACAAAGGUCUUAGGUUGUGAAUCAAAACAGAAAGGAGCUCUCGCAGAUAAUGAAAUUAGUAUACCUGUCGGAUACAAACGAGGCCUGACCGUUUAUCGUCGUGAUGCCGGACACAAAGUAUACCAAACCGUACGUGAACUGCAGAAGGAGGUCCCGAGGUACGUACGAUUAAUAGAUGACUUUGCAGACAAACGCGGUUAUACCAUCAAUGCUAAAUCUGAUAUUGAACUUACGCGUACGGAGAAGAGAGACGGACUGUCAUGUCUGUGUGAUGGUUACAGUUACACUCUAGGUCUCACACAAUCGAUCAGAUGCCUUCUGCUAUCGGACAAUACAGAAUACACCAUUCAAGAGUUGAUUGAUAGGUACCCACUACCACAGACUGUGCAGUUUUCUAACUUAGAAUCACCAAACCAACCAAGCUUUGGUUAUACAGGAAUGAAAAACAUUUCUCUGGAAGGAAAAAUGAUAGAAAUAAAAAGUAUCAAAGAGCAGGAAGUUUUGGUUUGCACUCUGAAACCGUCUGUCAAAACACCGAAGAAUGCAAUGGACAAAAGUGUUGUUAUUCCAGUUGACAGUGUCGUCAUGUCACAGCUUCAGGUGAAAAUUCCUCAGGAGCCCGAAGCCUCCACCUAUGGAGUAGUACUGGCCCAGACUAACCCAAACACGGACCACGCUAUUGCUGCUGUUGAAGAAACUAUAGAUACUGUAAUUUAUCCAAAGGUGUUAUUCAUUCCACAUCAAAUUGUCAAGCCUACAUUACCAAAAAGACCAGAACGACGAAAACCCAAACCGCUACCAAACGUAAAACCCAAAGUAGGACUAACCAAGACAGAUGACAAUAACGAGGAUGAUAGUGACUACGAACCUGUUGGUCAACCAACUGUGACAUCUAAGCUUGAUCACAAGACCAAAAAACCAACAUUAGAGAGUAGAACUAAGAAACAUGGCAGCAAACCACCAAGUUUGGAUGAGUUGAAUAAUCCUUCGUUAUACUCUACAAAGCCAUCAGGCGUGGAAUACGAAGAUGAAGAUGAUCAUACUUAUGAUGACAUAGAUGAAUUGGCAAAAACCAUAAAAACAGGUCGUAGAAGCAAAUCCGAAUCUGAUAAAGUUGAAAAUAUCGCAUCCAAAGUACCAAUGGUAUUCAGGGACGGUUUGAAAAAGGUUCACAAUGAACUGAUGAAUUAUGUUAAGCGGAAAACAGUUAACCAAGAAACUGCGGAGAGACAUAAGCCUGCAGUGACACCACGACUGGAGAAAAGGAAAAGUUUUUCCACAACAAAGGCCAACGGUAAAACUCCAGCGAAAGAUGCAACUGACGCGGCUAAAGAGGGGAUGGCGAUGAAGGCCAAGAAAAAAAUUGGAGAAAUGAAGAGAAUGUUAUUACCAGACAAGAAAGCAAUGCCAUUCUCUCCAGUGCCGGAAGAUUCUAUUGAGCCUAUAGACAUCUUCUCCGCUCUGAAUUCAAAGGACCUUGCUGGAUAUUUACGACGCUGUGGUUUACAAGACAUGGCUGACAUAGUAGAAAAAGAGGCACUGGAUGGCAAAAUUCUCAAAGAUGUCACAAAUGACGAUCUUAACAACAUCUUCGGUCUCAAUAAAUUUCAAGUCUUGAAAUUCCAGAAAAUGCGAGAUUACGGAUGGGAACCGAAUGCGAAUGAUUAAUAACAAACAUUGUUACUUUUAUUGUGCUCCUAAUACCGUUUUUCUGCCAUGUAAGUUUAUAGAUCUGAGGUUUGACUCGCA